AUGGAACAAGGACCAGAAAGAUUGGCAUGUGAAUCUGAAGGAGCUGUACGCUGUCCAUGCCGCAGUAGCUCAGGAGCGCGAUCAACUACAGAAUGCACAGGUAUUGUUACAGACGGACAAUCGCACUGUUGUGGCCUACAUCAACAAAGAAGGUGGCACGAGAUCGAAAAAGUUAUUACAACUAACACGACAACUACUUUCGCUCCUGGACGAACUAAACGUAGCUUUGACCGCACAGUACUUCCCGGGAAAAUUCAACGGAGACGUAGACGCGCUAUCUCGUGGGAAGAGGUGCCCGGAAUGGCAUUUGACAAAAGCAGCGACUUCGAUACUCUUUCACAGAUUAGGGACCCCACAAAUCGAUCUGUUUGCAUCAGUGACAGCCCAUGUAGUCCCAAGCUAUGUGACGCUAGAUCUGAGGGACCCCGGAGCUCAGUUCUACAACGCGUUCAGUCUCCAGUGGAGGUUCGACCUAGCGUGGGUAUUUCCACCGCCGAACCUAAUACCACAAGUAUUAUCCCAUUUGAACACAGCAACGGGACGAUACAUAUUAAUAGCGCCGAGAUGGAACAAAGUGUUUUGGCGAGGCGACUUACAACGUCGAGCGUUACGGACACCAUUCACAAUCCCGAAUCUUCCCGAGGUUCUGAUCGACACAGUGACGGGCAAGCGCCCUCCUGCAGUAGAAUCGAUCAACCUGGAGGCCUGGCUGAUCUCGGGUGGACUGACAUGAUUCAGGAUUGGUCUGAACAAGAAAGACAACUUCUUUUUUCAAGUUGGAGGACUUCAACAAUUAACACAUAUACCCCAGCUUGGAAUAAGUGGAAACGAUGGUGUCGUUCAAAAGAUAUUUCCUUUCAAAAUCCUUUGCCUAAGGAAGUGGCUCAAUAUCUAGCUUAUCUUCACCAAGUAGAAGGCCUAGCUUAUCGCACAAUAUUGGUACAUAAGUCUGUUAUUGCCACUUUCAGCGCACGCGAAAAUUUGUCUUCAAAUUUCCUAGUCAAGAGGAUGCUGAAAGCUAUAUCACAGGCAAAAGAGAAGCCAAUUAAUCCGCCUAUUUGGGAUGCUGCAAUAUUAAUAAAAUAUCUUCAAGUUAACGCACCCGACGAGCAAAACUUCUAUCAAGUAUCGAGACACGUAGCGGUACUCCUUUUAUUAGCUUCGGGCCGUCGAGUACACGACCUCACACUUUUGAGCAUAGACCCCGAAAAAAUGGUAUUUGAGGCCGAUACUUUGAUUUUGUGGCCCUGUUUUGGUUCGAAAACCGAUAGUUUGCAUCAUAGGCAGUCAGGCUGGAGAAUUAAAAAACACCCAGAUAGGAAUUUGGACAGUAUUCACUGGGUGCGGAGGCUGGUUCAUUUAUCUCAAGACAGACGUCAGGAUAAAUGGUCUCAUUUAUUCAUAACUACUAGAGGCGAUCCGAAACCAGCAUCUGCCACGAUAAUCGGAAACUGGGUUAGAUCGCUGCUUAAAGCUGCUGGUAUAGACGCUACACCCGGCUCUACCAGAGCAGCAGUAGCCUCAUUAAACUGGCUUGAGAACUUUCCAAUUGAGCAGAUUCUCGCCACUGGAAAUUGGAAAAGAGAACACACCUUCCGAAGGUUUUACAAAAAGGAAAUAUUAAGGUCCCAAAGUAGUACAUGUACAUCGCUUUCUAAUUAUUUUGUACCAGAGUGA